AAUGUGGUUCAGCGAUAGGUUGGCCUGCCAGCUGAUAAGUAGACGGCCGGUAAGUGGUCAGAAGGAGCGUCUCCAUUGUUCCUGAAGGAAAACCAUUAAAAAUGCGUCUGGUGAUCUGUGAUACCGUUGAUUACGUAGCGGAGUGGUCCGCUAAAUACGUAAUGAAGAGAAUUAAUGACUUUCAACCGAAUGCCAACAAGUACUUCGUCCUGGGACUCCCAACUGGUGGCACUCCUCUGGGAAUGUACAAGAAACUCAUCGAGUUCUAUAAAGCUGGGAAGAUCUCCUUCAAGUACGUGAAGACCUUCAACAUGGACGAAUACGUGGAUCUACCCAGGGAUCAUCAAGAGUCAUAUCACUAUUAUAUGUACAACAAUUUCUUUAAGUACAUUGACAUUGAACCUCACAAUGCUCAUGUUCUUGAUGGUAAUGCACAGGACUUGGUGAAGGAGUGCGAUGAGUUUGAACAGAAGAUCAAGGAUGCUGGGGGUGUGGAACUCUUCAUCGGGGGCAUUGGUCCCGAUGGUCACAUUGCUUUCAACGAGCCGGGCUCGUCUUUGGUUUCGAGAACCCGCGUGAAAACCCUGGCGCACGAUACUCUUGAGGCAAAUGCCAGAUUCUUCGGCAAUGACAUAGAAAAAGUCCCCAAGCAGGCGCUCACUGUUGGGGUGGGCACUGUGAUGGAUGCAAAAGAAGUCAUGAUUCUCAUCACUGGAUCUCACAAGGCUUUCGCACUUUACAAAGCUGUCGAGGAGGGGAUCAACCACAUGUGGACAGUCUCGGCAUUCCAGCAGCAUCCUAGAACCCUCUUCAUCUGUGAUGAGGAUGCUACACUCGAGCUUAGAGUCAAAACUGUUAAAUAUUUCAAAGCACUCAGUGAAGUUCACAGUAAACUCAUUGAAGGUGAUGAACACACAAUUCUUCCACGUCGUACUCAAAAUCAAUGAGCGUGUGGUACAUUGCCAACGAAUUAAUCGAGGAUACCUGAAGGCACCAUCGAUGAUAUUUUUUUAACACGAAGGAAAAUUAACGACUGACUGCUCUCCGUACAGUGAAGAUUUCCAAAUCACUUCGAAGUGCAAAUUCCUUAGUAACAAAUUUUUAACAGAAAAAAAGACAGCUGAAUGCUCUUUCAAAGUUCUUUCGACUGCCAAGUGCAAAGUGUUUUUAAAAAUAAUUCCUACGACGAAUUAAAAAAAAAUACAAAACUAUUUUACUACGCAUGUAACAUUUUUACGAAUAAACAAUUCUUCAUGAUUAA